AAAAAAAGAAAAAAAGUAACGUGUUGUAAUAUGUUAUAUACUUUAUCAAGUGCGAUGAUAAACAUAAAUCAUCCGAUGUUGAACGGCAAGCCACCGAUAAAAAAAUAUCCUCCGGUAAGGACGACCACCAUAAAUCCGAAGGAAAUCAUGUCCGUUAAUGUUAAUUAUGAUAAAUGCCAAGAUAUCGAAGAUUUCUAUCACCAUAAUCAUCAUCCUAAUAAAAUUAUACGAGAUACGACGAAUGAUUUAAUCGAAAACGCGGAUAGCAUUGCAUCGGAAACCGACAAAUGCGUGAACGAUGUUAAAUUAAAAAUGCGAAGUCUCGAUAUUAAUAGCGACCGUAAUGAAAAUUUAAUAGAACCGAUUAAUAUUAUUAAUAAUAAUGAUAAUAAUAAUAAUAAUAAUAAUAAUAAUAGUAACGGCUCGUUCGAGCAAUUGUGCAAAAUGAUUAACGACUUGGAAGGAAAUAUUAUCGAUUCUAACAAAAAAGGGUUGAAAGUGGUUGUUGAAGAGGAGGAGGAACAGGAAGAAGAGGUGGUGAAGGGGGAGGGAAAUGUUGUUCCUGGAUCGAAACACUUCGACGUAACUUUGAUCACCGACAAUCCUGGCGAUGAAGUAUCAUCCUUAAAUAUGAUGAAAUAUAGUAAUCAACUAGAACCGGAAAGAGAUCGUUCCAAAGAUAAGUGUGGAUCCAUCGGAGCUACCUACGAUGAUAUUAUGUCAUUUUUAUCAACCCUAGAAGACGGGUAUCCGAACGAAAUACAUGGAAAUCAAUUGGAACAAAGGAAUGGAAUUAUUCAGGAUAUAUUUCUAAAAGACGGAAAUAAUUCUUCUUAUUAUUUAAAUCAGAAUAAGAAUAAAAAUGAAACUUUAUAUAUUAUUAUACACGGGGUUAGGUCCGAUCCUUUAAGAAAUUAUUUCUCAAACGCUUACAAUGACGAAUUGUUUACGGCAAAAUUGCAAUUGGAGGAAAAGGAUGCCACGAUUGUUUUGUUGAAAAAAGAAUUAAAAAAGGAACGAGAAGCAGCCUGUGAGAAAUUAAAAGUUGAAAAUAAGAAUCACGUAUCGAUGAUGGAAACGCAAGAAAAGAAAUAUCAAGGCAUAGUUAAGAGGCAUCAAAAGUUUAUGGAAAAGUUGAUCAACGAGAAGACCGAUUUAACUGACAAGUGUAAUACCUUGGCACGUAGGAUCAAGGAAAUUGAAUUAAAGUCGGAAAGGGAUUUGAAAGUUUGUACGGAUAGGCAUAUUGUUGAAUUGCAACGUGCCAAGGAACGUUUCGCGGCGUCCGAAAAGAUCAAACGUGAAAGAUGGUUGGAAUCGAGAACUACGAAGAUUAAGGAGAUGACGGUUAAGGGAUUAGAACCCGAAUUACGAAGUAUGGUCGAACAACAUCAGCUGGAGAUUCAGGAGAUACGAAGGGCUCAUAUGAAGGAACUUCAAGAUACCGAGUUGCGUGUAAUACGUCGCUCGAACCAGCAAUUAGAACAAUUACGUUUAGAACUUACAGAUAGUAACGAAAAAGUAUUAGCAAGCGAAAAGAAUAUCCUAUGGACCAGGUAUAAGAAGAAACUAGACGAAAAGGAUAUACAAUUUCGUACAGAAAGGAUUCAAUUCGCGGAGGAUUUGGAACGCGAAAGGAAAAGAUUUAACGAUGAACUAAUUAAACGCGAUAACGAGAAAGAUACGAUUAUACGACAAACGUACACCCGGUUACAGAAAGAAUUAGAGGAGGAGAGGCUAAAACACCAAGCUGAAAAGCAAACUCUACGUGAGAGUCUGCAAAAGGAAUGGACGGAAUGGUUAGACAAUUACAAGAAACAACAAAUAAUCAAACUAGAAAAAUCGGAAUCUAAAAUAAGGGAGGAAAGUCGUAAGGAACGUGAUAGGCAAAUCGAGCUAGCUAUCGGUCGUAUCGAGGAGGAUGCUCGUAAUAUGAAAAUGGUUGUUCAGCAAAGUUAUGAAAGUAAAUUAAGGUCUAUGAAAGAGAAAUACGAUAAGGAAUUGCAAAUAGCAACCGAUAAAGUGAGGCUCCACAAAGAGGAAUUACUGUCGAUGGAAAAUAAACUUGGAAAAACCGAGGAUAGAUUAAAAACUACGGAAAUGAAACUCGACGAAUGCGUUCAAAAUUUGAGCAAUAAAAAUGUGUUGAUAGAAACAUUAACAGCCGAAAGGGACAAUGCGAGAGGAAUAGCUAGACGAGAAAUCGAACCUGAGAAAAGAAUAUUAGAGGAUAAAAUAGCAUCGUUGUAUCAAGAAUUAAUGCAAAAUAAUGCCGACAAAGAUAUGUUAAUGUCGCAAUUGUACAGCAGGGUUAAAUUGAUAAUAACGCAAAAAGUUUUGACCAUUAAAAAUCUUUCUAAGGAACUCGAAGGAGUCAAUGCCAAAUGCGAACAUUUAGAACAAUUAUUGGAUCAACAACGAAAAGAAUACAUUUUAAAAUCUUUAUAAAAGAAUAAAAAUAAAAAAGAAAGAGUGAAAGAAAGAAAGGAAGGAAGGAAGAUAGAAAGAAAAGUGAAUGCGUCGUUACACACUCUCUGUCUCUGCGAUUUCCGAGUAUAAGCACUGAACACAACGGGCAUCGUUAAUUCACACUCCAUUCAAAUUCUCAUAGGCGAUGCAUGAGAAAAAAAAAAACCUUAUUAUAAUAAUAAACCUCUAUCUAAGAUGCAAGUAAAGAAAAAAAAAGAAAAAAAAAUAAUAAUAAUAAUAAUUAAUUAACACGAACGAUGUCAGUGGAUUGGAUUUGUUACGAAAAAAAAGAAAAAAAAAAAGAAAAAACAUUUUUCCAGCGCCGUUUAAUGUAGAAUUUAUUAUCACGUGCACACAGGGCUAAUGUCUACAUUAAAGAAAAAAUAGAAAAAAGAAAGGCAAAAAAAAUUAUCCCCCAUUCCCCUUAAAGGAAAAAAAAACUAUAAGAAAUUAUACACAUUCAUACAAACGUACAUACAUACAUUUCAGUAUAAGAUCUUUUAUCAUUGCUGUAUAACAUUUACAAGCAUGAAAUGUCACUGUUUAUUUCACCUCGCCCCACACAAUUUUAUAAAUGUAAGAUAAAAAUAUAAUUUAAAACUGAUUUUAAAUGCAGUCUUUAUAUCGAACUAACAAUAAUUGUUGAUUUAAUGGGAAAUGAUCUUACCAUAUCAAUGUGAGUAAUAUUUCGUAUUACAAGUAUUAGAUUUUGCAGUAUAUAUCUCUCUAUGAGUAUAUCAAUAGUUAUUAAUUAUUAAUUGAAAAAAAAUUAUUAUGUUACUUUA